UGUGGGGAACAACCUAAAUAACUGAGUGGCAUCGUAUUACCUUCUUCCGGUGUCCCAUACCGGCAUUCACCCAUUCAGCCUCUAGUAAAGAGUGCCUUUCUUUCUCUCAACAAGGUACUCACACGUUGCUGCCUCUCUAACACUGUAUAACAUGUCAAGGGAAUCUUGUAAAGAAUGUUGCACGGAAGAAUUUCAUCCGAGAAAUUUCAGCCUCAGUCAUGAAAACCCGCAAUUGUUCGUCACAGCCCAGGGAGGAUUUGGAAUUGCUUACGUCAUCUACCGCGUUAUCUGGGCCUUGUUCCAUGUGACGUGGAUAAUUCUCAGUGGCGUCAUACCCUACAGCUGGUAUAGUAGCGAGUCCAAUCGCAUUAAAUGGUUUAUCUACCUCACCAACUGGUCCUACCUCAUCCUGACGGUUAGCGCCAUCAUUCAAGCUGCGGUGGCUAUCAGUCAUUAUGUUAAACGUAGAAAACAUGAUGGUGUCUCAAACCAUGCUAUGACGUGGUACCUAAAGAUGGCGUGGGUCAUCUAUAACAUCAGUAGUAAUGCCGCCAUUGUAGUUGCUGCACUCUACUGGGGCCUUAGAAUCCCCCCAAAAUUAGCUGCCGGCGGUGAGAUCCAUUACAUGGACGUGGGAACGCACCUCGGGAACGCCAUUUAUGUGCUAAGCGACAUCUUCAUUACGGCAACUCCAGUGAGAAUCUAUCACUUUCUACAUUCUUCUUUGUACGCUAUAGUAUACCUCAUAUUUUCGGUUGUCUACGACGUUUUAAAGGGAACCAAUGCCGUGGAAGGGUCGUAUAUAUACCCCCAGUUGGAUUGGGAUGUUCCGGGCACAGCAGCCAUUUACGCUGUGCUAGUUGCGCUGGUUGCGGUACCGCUGGUGCAAUGCGUGCUGUACGGACUGUAUAGACUGCGAUUGGCUCUCUAUGGGUGCUGCUGUCCGCGUUCAGUCGGGGAAUUUAACACCGAGAGUUCUACAAAACAGGAAUUUCAGUUAGUAUGAUUAAUAAUGGAAUUAAUACGCUGUUUAUACUUUGUUUAUUUUACAUCAAACUGUCACUACGUAUUAACGUAAAAAUUAUAUUCAUUACACACAAGUUAAAAACACUUUGUAAUACUCUGUAUACCAAUGAUUAAUCUUAUCUUUUCAUGUCUUAUUGUCUUGUCCCAGUAUGUAUGUUUUUGUCAUCAGUGUUGUUAUUUCCGUGAUAUUACAACAAUACAAUGCCAACUCAUGUUGAGCGGUUAUUUGAGUUCACGAUUUCCUUGUAUAAAUAUAAAUAUAGGGGCCUAUGUCAGUAUUUUAGGAAGAUUUGAAACAGUUGUGGCCACAUAAAUAAUACAAGAAAACUGUGGUUUAGAUUAGAUAACAUUCAUCAGUAGUAGAGGAAAUUCGUUAGCAUAUAGGCGUAGCUUAUAUGAAUUAACCUGACGAUUUUGAUAAUUCCCCUAUAAUCUUAUAUCAAUUACGCAAUGUCUAUAACAAGUUUAUUUAAAAAAAAACAUGAUUUUGUUUAGACAAUUGAAAGAGACAGUGCUUUCAAUCUAAAAUAGUUAGUGCACCGGCAUGAUCUUCUUCUGUUCAGAUACUUUUGUUACGAUUUUCUUACAUUCUAAUGUUAAAAUAGUCAUUGCGACCUUCGAGGUGACAGGCAUACAUUAAGUAUAGCAUGUGGCACAAAUUUUCAGACUGCUUCAUGUUUUUUAAAACUCGAUGUUCACGUAGACGGAGUAGGGUAAAACUACGUUCAGUUGAUCCCAUGGACCACAGGCGUAGCAGGUAUAAAAGAAAAUGAGCAUCCGGUAUUACAAAAGACAAAGAAUCUGGUCGUGACAGGAACUAACAACAAAGGGAAAUCUUCCACUCUAGACAAGCGUUCGAGGCCGAAGGGGAAAGAAGUUGCAAAAACACCGCCACGUCACUGAACGAGAUUUCUGCCAGGGUAUUCAUUUGUAGCACGAUGAGAACUUGUAUUUAUGGUUUAAUUACGUCAAAGUCUUGUCUAUUGUGUGAAAUUAGAGUUUGCGAUCGACGCAAUAAGAUUAUUUAUAUCGCAAAUCCUUAGAUAUCAAAUUGAAUAACAUUACAUGCCUUAUUUUAUAACCUGUUCUUAGUGUUGGUCGCGCAGAUGAACUUGUUAUUGUGUACAUUGGACUGAUUAUAUCGGUAUUUGAAGAUCAGGUUAAUCAUUUAACCGGAAUUACUUGUAUUAGAUAAGAAAGAGGGCUUUAAUAACCCUCUGAUGUAAGAAUUGUUUGCAUGGAGUAACGGCAAACAAAUACAAUGACAAAUUUUUAGCUCACAAGGGUUUUCUAAGCGAACAAAAAGCAAUAUUUAAGGUACUCUGAAACAAAACCACAAAUUAAA